AUGGCGCUGAAAAUUGCGCCAAGCUUCUCAAAUGAGCAAGAAGAAUUUAAAAUUUAUCCGGAAAGAUGGUGGAUUUUGGCCACGUGUAUGACAUUGACAAUGGGAAAUAUUAUGGUGAGUGUGCCAGGGUUGCAGAAAGUGGGCGGAGCUUAAAAAUAUUCAUAUUUUCCAGCAAUGGAUGAGCUAUUCCGCUUUGAUCCAAGAAACAAAUCAAUAUUUUUGUGGUGAAAUGCAGUGUUCGGCCUCAUUCUUAUCCAAUCAGAUUUAUCAAUUGGUUGCCGCACUUUUUUGUGUUGUUGGAAUGUGGGCCGCGACGAAAUUGGGAGUAUUGUAUACGGUAGGCGGGUACUGUAGGUUACCUGAAAUUCUGUUUUUUUUAAGCUUCGAAUCUGCGCAAUGCUGAAUUUUCUGGGAGCUGCGAUUCGAUUGAUUUCGUCGAUUCCAUGGAUUGAGAAUUUUGGAAUUCGAGUUGCGAUUAUGCUUUUUGGAACUACGGUAGCUGGUGAGUUUUUUUACCAGUAUUUUUUCAAACUUCAAACAUUUGAGUUUAACACCCUAAAUUGCUCCUAAUAAGCUAAAAGUUUAUUUUCAACCCGCUUAAAAUAACCCAGACAAAGCGUGUUAGUUCUCAGAAUAACGGAAAUUAUCUGAAAGUUCAGCACAGUAUUCCAGAUGUUAUUUAUGGCUCUCAUAGUUUUUCUAUUUCUGUGCUCAUUUGCUUUUGAAUACAUAUGGCACUAAAAAUCCACCAAAUUGCUUCAAUAGUUUGUUGUGUUCUAACAACAUUCACAAAUUUGAUUCUGAUUAUCACAACUGCUUGGUAUAUUAGGAAAAAGUUUGGGGUUUACAAAUAUCUUAUCAUUAUUUUCUCGUUUCUCGGUAUUCUCUACGAUGUUUUUGGAUUUGUUCUAUCUCCAGUAGGUUUUUUCAGAAAGAUUUCACAAAAAAAAAUCUAAACAAUGUUUUUUUUUCAAAUGGUUCACUCAUUUGAUUGUGGAUUUCUAUUCUUCACUCUAGUACAAUCAAAUUUUAUCCCACUAAAUCUGAUUCGAAUAUCUCUAGCAAUAUCUGCAAGCAUUCUUAUAUGUCUAGUAUCAAUGUUAUCUGUAAUGUUCAUUCAUCGAUAUUUUUCUGUUGCCAAACCUGAGCAAUUAUUUCACUUCCAAGGAAAAAGAUUAACACUUUGGCUAGUUUACUCGUUGUUUUUUGGUGUUGUUUUUCUACAAAUUGCUUUUUUAUGUUGGAGAUGUCGAUGAUUUCACAAGAGACUAUGCAAAUAAUGAUUUUUUGAUAUAUUAUGGUGUUCGUGUCGAUGAUAUUGCUCUUUUUUCAUUACUCAUUUAUGACACAAAAUAUCGAUGGAAACCAAUUUUUCUAAUUAUUUUUAUCACUUUGACAAUGGUAGACCUUCUACAUAAAUUCAGAAAUAAUUUUUAAAAAUAUUCUAGGUUUUGCAAAAUUCCAUAAUCAUUUUUUGUGGAAUCAAAAUUCGCAAAAAACUUUAUUCUAAAACAAGCACAUAUUCUCCAUCUCUCCGCAAGUUACAUCAACAACUUUUCAAAACUUUGAUUUUCCAAGUCACAAUUCCAACAUUUUUCAUAAUCUUGCCAGUCUUCUCCAUUUAUUAUGCUCCAUUUUUUGGCCUCAAAUUGAGUGCUACACUCAAUAAUGCAUUUUGCUUGCUUUAUUUGUAUCCAGCAAUAGAUUCGAUUUUGGCUAUGUAUAUUAUUACAGAUUACAAAAAGGCUCUGAAGGGUUAGAUUCAUAGAGAGAGAGAGAGAGAGAAUUGUGAUUGUCAAAUUUACAGAUUUGUUCAAUGACUUUGUAUAUUUUAUGAAAUGCUAGUCUAGAAUUUGCCAAUUAAAUAAGUAUGAAACUUUGUAAGAAAAUCCCUAAAAAAAUCAAAAAACUCAACUUUUUUUCAGCAUGUUCCCAAAUGUAUUUCGUCAUCACCACAAAACUCGCCGAAUCCUGGUUUCACUCGGAAAAUCGUGCCAGCGCCAAUGUCGCCUGCAUGAAUAGUGUCCCUCUCGGAGCAGUUCUCGGCUCAUUUAUCCCAUCUCUAAUAAUUCCAACAGAUCUUGGAACAACCAUCUCGAACACUUGGAUUUUCUUCGAACUCAAUUCAAUUAUUCUACUGAUCACGUUGGUUCCUCUGGUGAUAGCUUUUGGAUUUUGCAAAAAUUCGAAUCCUCCAACACCGCCUUCUAGAUCUUCAAGACAUUCUUCAGGUCCAGAAGUUUUGACUCAAAUCAAGAUCUGCCUUAAAAAUCCUCAAUUUUUGGUGCAAAUCCUGAUAUAUUGCAUAAACUUUGCGCCAGUUAUGGGAAUUAUUUUUGUCUCGGAACAUCUUACAAUUCUCAAAUAUGAUCUCAAAGGUUUUCCGGUUGCGAUUUCCACGUUGGCUGGAAUUUUAGCAGCGUAUUUGGUGGGUGUUUUGGUGGAUCGGACGAGAUGGUUCAAAGAGGUUGUGAUGGUGAAUUGUGUGGUGCAGGCCGUGGUGUUGGCGGGAUUGAGAUGGGUGAGAGGGGGAUUUUUGAAGCCUAGUGGAAAAAAAUUCCAGUAUUUUUUACGUUUCAAAAAAUCCCAAAUUUCUGUUAAAAAACUACAUUUUGAUUUUGAAUUUGCAGUUUCUGGAAAAAGAGCACGAAAAUCGGACGGAUUCAAUAAUUGUGUGCUUGUUGUGUGGAAUUGUGAGUGAGUUUUAGAAUUUUGAAAUGGGAUUUGAAAAAAUUGGGAUUUUCUGGAGUACAGUACAUGUACAGUACCUCAGGCGGUUCUAAAAUCACCAGAUUUUUGAAAUAUAGUGACUAUAUUUCACUCAAAAACCUGAGGUUCUAAAAUUCUCUCUACAGUAAACUGAUCAUUUUCUAUCACCUCAAAAUAUUACUGAAAAAUACAGUAACCCAAAUACCGUAAUCUUAUUUUUCCAGUGUCCACCAGUUCAAUCCACAUUCCAAUCGGAUGUGAGUUGGGUGUCGAAACGACGUAUCCAGUUCAUGAAUCAAUUUCUACAGGAAUCCUGAAUGCUAUUGGGUCAGUACUGUAGUCUUAGAGUACUGUAGAUUAUUCUAUAGUGUUCUAAGAUUACUGUGGGUACAGUAUACCAGCGAAUUUAUUUCCAGACAACUUUGGCUGUUCAUUUUCUUUUUCAUUUUGUACGACUUGGAAUAUGCCGGAUGGUUGAGUGAGUUUUUUUGAGAAUCAAAAAAUUUCCAGAACCUGAAAAUAUUUCCAGCCUCCAUAAAUUUCUGGCUCACCACCUCGAUUCUCAACUCAUUUCUGGCUCUAAUCUUCCUCCGACCAACCUACAAUCGAAUGAAAGUUGAAAAUCAAAAAUGA